GGGGGCGUGGCUGUCCCCAAAAUUGGGGAGGAAGGGGGGAAAAAAAAAGCCAGAAAAAGUUUCUUUCCUGGAGUUCCAAACGAGGUGUGGGACGGAAGAAGCGGUCAAGACCAGAGGCUCGGGACUACACGGGGCCUGACUGCUAUCUGGAGUCCCCUGUUCCAGGCCAUGUCGGGGCCCACCUGGCUGCCCCCAAGGCAGCUGGAGCCUGCAAGAACCCCUCAGGGGAGAGCACUCCCCCGAGGCGCCCCGGGGCCGCCGCCAGCCCAUGGAGCAGCACUUCAGCCCCACCCCAGGGUCAAUUUUUGCCCCCUCCCAUCUGAGCAGUGUUACCAGGCCCCCGGGGGACCGGAUGAUCGGGGGCUCGCCUGGGUGGGGUGCCAUGGAGCACCCCAGCGCUCACAGGGGCUCCCCCCGGAUAGGGGGGCCUUGCGUCCAGGGAGUCUGGAUGCCGAGAUAGAUUCGUUGACCAGCAUGCUGGCUGAGCUGGAUGGAGGUCGUGGUCAUGUUCCACGACGCCCAGACCGGCAGGCUUAUGAGCCUCCUCAGCCCCAUGCCUACCGCACGGGCUCAGGCUCCCUGAAGCCGAAUGGAGGGGGUGUUCCUAUUCCUCCCCAAGAGCUCUCAGCGUCUCCCUACGGGGGCCCCACUCCGGCCUCCUAUGCCACAGCCAGCACCCCCGCUGGCCCUGCCUUCCCUGUGCAAGUGAAGGUGGCACAACCAGUGAGAGGCUGUGGCCCUCCCAGGCGGGGGGCCUCUCAGGCCUCCGGGGCCCUCCCGGGCCCCCACUUUCCUCUCCCAGGCCGAGGUGAAGUCUGGGGGGCUGGCUAUAGGAGCCACCGGGAGCCAGGGCCGGGGGUUAAAGAGGAGGCUACAGGAGGAGGAAGAGGAGGCGGGUACGGGCCCCAGGUCCCCCUGAGCCAGCCUCCUGAGGAGGAGCUCGAGAGGCUGACCAAGAAGCUAGUGCACGACAUGAACCACCCUCCCACUGGGGAGUACUUUGGGCGCUGUGGCGGCUGCGGAGAAGACGUGGUUGGGGACGGGGCUGGUGUUGUGGCCCUGGACCGUGUCUUUCACGUUGGCUGCUUCGUGUGCUCCACGUGCCGGGCCCAGCUUCGGGGCCAGCAUUUCUAUGCCGUGGAGAGGAGGGCAUACUGUGAGAGCUGUUACGUGGCCACCCUGGAGAAGUGCUCCACGUGCUCCCAACCCAUCUUGGACCGGAUCCUGCGGGCUAUGGGGAAGGCCUACCAUCCCAGCUGCUUCACCUGUGUGGUGUGCCACCGUGGCCUUGAUGGCAUCCCUUUCACCGUGGAUGCCACCAGCCAGAUCCAUUGCAUCGAGGACUUCCACAGGAAGUUUGCCCCACGAUGCUCGGUGUGUGGUGGGGCCAUCAUGCCCGAGCCAGGUCAGGAGGAGACCGUACGAAUCGUUGCUCUGGAUCGCAGUUUUCACAUUGGCUGUUACAAGUGCGAGGAGUGUGGGCUGCUGCUGUCCUCCGAGGGCGAGUGUCAGGGCUGCUACCCAUUGGACGGGCACAUCUUGUGCAAGGCGUGCAGUGCCUGGCGCAUCCAGGAGCUCUCCGCCACCGUCACCACUGACUGCUGAGUCUUUCCAGAAGCAUUAUAACACUCCCCCUUCCCAUCAGCCACCCUCCCUGACAUCGGCCUUUACAACUUUGUCAGCAAACGCUGUCUCCUCUUCCUCCGAUCGUGAAAUAAUAAUUCCUCAAGAGUUUCCAAAAUCA